AGUUCAACAAGCCUUCUAUCUUCUGCACGUUUGCUUCCGACUUUAUUUUUCGACAUUCGUUUUUUCGUCGCCAUCGUCGUUGGUCGAGUGACUCCCUUCAAACAUGGAAGCACAGCCCCCCGCGCUGCUCAGCGCACCGCGGAUGUUGACGCUUGUAGGAUCUAUCCUCGUAUCCCUCAGUUCAGGGACAAACUAUAUAUACUCUGCAUACGCUCCACAAUUAGGCGCACGUUUGUUCCUCUCCCACACCCAGUUGAAUGUUAUCGGCCUCGCAGGGAAUGUGGGUGUAUAUCUGAGCGGCCCAGCCUGGGGUCGAGUAGUCGAUACAAGGGGUCCUCGUAUUCCGCUUAUCAGUGCCUCUGCCUGCCUCCUCAUAGGAUAUCUCGGCAUAAGGGGCAUCUACGACAAUGGUGCUGGAACAGCAAUAUCGUUCAUGCAUCUUGUCAUCCUCAUUGCCUGCACUUUCAUAACCGGGUUGGCUGGAAAUGCAGGCCUUGCCGUUGCUGUAAACACUACGGCCAAGAGCUUCCCUGAAACCUCGCGCGGAACUAUCACAGGUCUCGUUCUGUCUGGUUUCGGCUUAUCCGCGUUUUUCUUCGCUACAGUCGCCAGUAUCGCAUUCCCUGGCGACACAUCUGCUCUUCUCCUUGUCCUGGGCCUCGGAGCUGCCAUGCCCAUGCUUCUUGGUCUUGUGAUAGUCCGUCAAAUUCCGUUACCUCCUCCGAGUACCACACUCGGUAUCGAAGGGGGCCUUCAUGGACGCGAGGGAUAUCACCCGAUUCCGAGCGGUGAUGCCGCUCUAUUUAUUCAUGAGAAUGACAGCCACACCUCCCUUCUUGAUCCCACGGAACUCGUAUACGAGGCACCAAACUAUCAUGUCCCCGAAUCAUCGACCGCAGUGGAACUUGUGUCGGACCGGAUUGUAUCGAGAGGGUCGAGUGCCAAGAGGAGUGCGAGUCGUGCAAGGCCCGUGCAUGAUGGGCCUAAUGUCUAUGGGAAGCAACUAUGGCUUACCCCAGAUUUUUAUCUUAUUUUUGUUAUCAUGUCGCUUCUAAGCGGAACCGGGCUCAUGUAUAUCAAUAAUGUUGGUUCCAUAUCUCAGGCAUUAUAUGCCAAGGGGAAUCCUAAUUACGACGAGUUAGAAGCUUUGCGAUGGCAAGCCGCACAGGUUUCAACUCUCAGUGUUUGCAACUUCGCAGGACGUAUUCUUACUGGAUUAAUUGCGGACUUGAUCCGAAUUCGCCUACGUCUCCCUCGUGCAUACUGUCUUUGCAUCGUUUCAACGCUCUUUGUCGUCUCUCAAUUGUCUGCCAUCAGCAUCAACGACGUUGCGCAUCUUUGGAAAGCAACUGCGCUACUUGGGCUCGCAUACGGUGGUCUGUUCGGCAUUGCCCCUACGAUUAUCAUUGACUGGUUUGGGCUGACACAUCUCUCGGAGAAUUGGGGAUAUGUCUCACUCAGUCCACUAGUGGGAGGGAAUAUUUUCUCGCUUCUGUUCGGUCGUAACCUCGAUUCACACGCCUCAGACGAUGACACCGGAACACAUUCUUCUUUACCCUUGGUAAGGCGUGGUGGUCUUCCAAGCGAACGCCAAUGUUUUGAUGGACGCGACUGCUAUGUCUCGAGUUUGUACGUAACGGCGACAGCGUGCUUGAUUGCACUUGGGCUGAGUGUGUGGGCGGGAAUGAGGGACCAGAGAAAGACAACGGAGGCAAAGAGGGAAGUUGUUUGGGAUGCUGAAGACUAAGUAGACAGAAAGUUUUAGGCAGAUAUUCAUUGCAAGAUAUAAUCAUCAUAGGCUCGCUAGAAACACCAAA